CUGUGAUUGAGUAAAAAAUUUUUUGCAUUCUCUGAAAUCACACGGCAUCGCAGAAGUGGUAGAGAAAAUGUAUAAUUCUUUUACUUUAAGUAACAGCCAUGUUCUUGUUAGGAGAGCACAACCCUGGAAUGCCUUGAAAUUUAUGGCCAAAUUCCACCGGCCAAGUGGAGCUCUGCUUCAGAAGUCAGCGGUGAAAUACCCGCCACCUGAUCUUCCAGAGAUGCCCCCAUGUUAUUUUAAACCUGAACCAUACCAGAACAUGUCUAAGGACCAGAUGCUAGAGAUCAGGAAACGGAACUGCAAUCCCAUGACCAUGAAGGUAACAUACUACAAGAGGCCUGUGUUUAUAAACCAGGGCUACAUGCAGUGGUUAUGGGAUGUGGAUGGAAGGCGCUAUCUUGACAUGUUUGCAGGGGUGGCCACUGUCAGUGUUGGACACUGUCAUCCAAAAGUAACGGAGGCUGCAGAGAGACAGUUGAGACGACUUUGGCACACAACAAGCAUCUACGUGUACCCUCAAAUCCAGGAGUAUGCUGAGAAGCUGGCGUCCCUCAUGCCUGAUCCACUUAAGGUGGUUUACCUGACAAAUAGUGGCUCAGAGGCCAACGACUUGGCCAUGAUGAUGGCACGUCUCCACACGGGAAAUUUUGAUAUCAUCACCCUAAGGGGAUCAUAUCAUGGUGGAAGUCCUCAGACACUGGGCCUGACCGCAAACUCAGCCUACAAAUACCCCACCCCCUCCGGCCUGGGCUGCCACAAUACCAUGUGCCCAGAUGUUUUCAGAGGACCAUGGGGAGGAAGCCACUGUAGAGACUCCCCUGUCCAAACCAUCCGAAACUGCAGCUGCUCCCCAGGUCACUGUGAAGCUAAUGACAAAUACAUUGGUCAACUGAAAGAGGUCUUUGCCACCUCUGUGCCCAGUCGCAUUGCUGCAUUUUUUGGGGAACCCAUCCAGGGUGUGGGUGGAGCUGUGCAAUAUCCCAAAAACUACCUAAAGGAGACUUACAAACUUGUGCGGGAAAGAGGUGGAAUCUGCAUAGCAGAUGAGGUCCAGACAGGAUUUGGACGUACAGGAAGUCAUUUCUGGGGCUUCCAAGGUCAUGAUGUCAUUCCAGAUAUGGUUACCAUGGCGAAAGGAAUCGCAAAUGGAUUCCCUAUGGGUGCUCUCGUCACCACCCCAGAGAUUGCCAGUUCCUUUGCAAAAGGAGUUCACUUCAACACAUUUGGUGGUAACCCUGUUGCUUGUGCUAUUGCCUCAUCAGUGCUGGAUACCAUUAAAGAAGACAGGACACAGGAGAAGAGUGCAGAGGUAGGGACAUAUCUACUGAUUGAGCUGGCCAAACUCCGGGACAAGUACGAGAUCAUUGGUGAUGUCCGUGGAAAAGGUCUGCAGAUCGGAGUAGAGAUGGUUAAAGAUAAAGCGAGCAAAGACCCCCUUCCCCCUGAAGCGAUGUCCCAAAUUUUUGAGGAUACCAAGGACAUGGGUGUACUGAUUGGGAAAGGUGGAAUAUACGGACAGACUUUCAGGAUCAAACCACCAAUGUGCAUUACAAAAGAGGAUGCGGACUUCUUCUUGGCUGUUUUCGAUAAAGCAGUAAAGAACUACAUGGAGAGCCAUUGAGAACGAAGGGAGCAUCUGUUCUGAAUCUCAACACUUCUCGCAACCACUACAAUGGAUGAGAAGUUUGUCUCUUAAUUUUACGCAUUACACUGUGAACUACUACUGAAUGAUUCUCUGUGUGUGAUUCUACUAACUAGUAAGUCUUAAGUCUUAUAAGGAUGUACAAGAACACUGUUUAUAGAACACCAAUUGCUUCAAUCACUUUGCAGAUGAUCUGACCAAAAGAGGAAUUAUGUGAAGAGCUGUCCCUUGAACAGUCAUCAGCAGUAAGCCCUGUAAAGGCUUAAGGUUCACACGAUCCAUUCUUUUUGUCAGGUACUACAGUUUUUAUUAUGGCAACAUUAAAACAGUAAGGUUGCCAUAGAGCCGAUCUGCGACAUAAGACAAAUUCAGGAGUACUGUAGAGAGGGCACUGGCCAUUUAAACAACACUUUCCUUGCCAUGUUAUCACGACCUGGAAAGAACAGCAUCAAAAAAAAUAAUAAUUAACUAAUAAAAAAAUAAGUAACAUAGAACAUACUACUUCCGUUUUUAAAGCACUUUAUCAAAGUCCUUAUUACUAAGAUUCAAACAAUAUCUAGCUUACUAACAGAAAUGACAUAUCCCACAGUGUUAUUGUUAACUGGUCAAGUUUGCUGGAUGUGACAAAGAUUAUUAGUUUCCUUGAAAGAAAGAAGCAGUUAUAGACUACAGAGUAGAUGGAUCCCAUAAACCACAGCUGUACCUGUAAGAUGCACACUAAAUAUUUAGAAUAAGGCUUCUCUGACUAAUGUUCUUGUCAAAUUUUAAAAUAAACCACAGGCGCUAAUGUCA